CGUGGUGAUUGCAGCUGCUUAGGGGCAGGGCUUGCCCCAGCGCUGAGUGGUGGCACCAGCGUGGUUGCGUCGGGGUUGCCUGGGACUGGGGAGAGCCAGGGGCCUGGGAAAGGCGCUUGGCGGGCAACCUUCUCUGUCCGUGGACGCGGGACAUCCGAAGCGCUCUGAGGGGCUUUUGCCCUUGAAGAGACGGAGAGUUCCGUGGCAGCAGGUGACGGGGCCAGAGAAAGAUGGAGCAGCACGGGGCGUUGGCGUCGGGAGCUGGAGGUGGCGGCGAGGAACCCAGCGUGGGCCGGAGCAACAAGCGGGGCGCGGGGAACCGGGCGGCCAACGAAGAGGAGACGAAAAACAAACCCAAAUUGAACAUUCAAAUAAAAACUUUGGCAGAUGAUGUGCGUGAUCGAAUUACAAGUUUUAGAAAAUCUACUGUCAAAAAAGAAAAACCUCUUAUUCAACAUCCUAUUGAUUCUCAAGCCGUGGUGAGUGAGUUUCCAGCAGCUCAGCCAUUAUAUGAUGAACGAUCUCUGAAUUUGUCUGAAAAGGAAGUUCUGGACCUCUUUGAGAAAAUGAUGGAGGAUAUGAAUCUUAAUGAAGAAAAGAAGGCUCCUUUGCGAAACAAGGAUUUUUCUACCAAGCGUGAGAUGGUUGUCCAAUAUAUUUCUGCUACUGCCAAAUCUAUAGUUGGAAGUAAAGUUACGGGUGGCCUGAAAAACAGCAAGCACGAAUGCACUCUGUCUUCACAAGAAUAUGUUCAUGAAUUGCGAUCUGGGAUCUCAGAUGAGAAACUUCUCAACUGCCUGGAAUCUCUGAGGGUUUCCUUAACUAGCAAUCCUGUCAGCUGGGUGAACAACUUUGGCCAUGAAGGACUUGGACUCUUACUGGAUGUGCUGGAAAAGCUUCUGGACAAGAAACAGCAAGAGAAUAUUGACAAGAAGAACCAGUACAAACUUAUACAGUGCCUGAAAGCAUUUAUGAAUAAUAAGUUUGGCCUACAAAGGAUUCUAGGAGAUGAGAGGAGCCUUUUAUUGUUGGCAAGAGCAGUUGACCCAAAGCAACCCAACAUGAUGACUGAAAUAGUAAAAAUACUUUCUGCUAUUUGCAUUAUAGGGGAAGAGAACAUUCUAGACAAACUUUUGGGGGCCAUCACCACUACAGCUGAAAGGAAUAACAGAGAACGAUUUUCACCAAUUGUGGAAGGAUUAGAAAAUCAUGAAGUCUUGCAACUCCAGGUGGCCUGCAUGCAGUUCAUAAAUGCACUUGUCACUUCUCCCUAUGAUCUUGAUUUUCGAAUUCAUUUGAGGAAUGAAUUCCUCCGCUCUGGACUGAAAGCAAUGCUCCCAGGUCUCAAAGAAAAAGAAAAUGAUGAGCUUGAUAUUCAAUUGAGAGUGUUUGAAGAGAACAAAGAAGACGACCUAACUGAAUUAUCCCACCGUCUUAAUGACAUUCGAGCUGAAAUGGAUGAUAUGAAUGAAGUCUACCACCUGCUCUUUAAUAUGCUAAAAGACACAGCUGCUGAAGGUUACUUAUUAUCCAUUCUGCAACACUUUCUGCUUAUCAGAAAUGAUUACUAUAUCAGGCCACAGUAUUAUAAAAUAAUUGAGGAGUGUGUUUCACAGAUAGUGCUGCACUGCAGUGGCAUGGACCCAGACUUCAAGUACAGGCAACGUUUAGACAUCGAUUUAACUCAUCUGAUAGAUGCUUGUGUAAACAAGGCAAAAGUUGAAGAAAGUGAGCAAAAAGCAAUGGAAUUUUCAAAAAAGUUUGAUGAAGAAUUCACAGCUCGACAAGAAGCUCAAGCAGAGCUCCAGAAAAGAGAUGAAAAAAUCAAAGAACUGGAAACAGAAAUCCAGCAACUUCGAGCCCAGGGUGCUUCAUCUGCAGUUCUAGGCCCACCUCCACCACCUCCUCUGCCAGGUGCUGGACCAUGCCCACCACCACCUCCUCCACCACCACCACCUCCACUUCCUGGAGUAGUUCCUCCUCCUCCUCCACCACCAUUACUUGGGAUGCCUGGUAUUCCAGCACCACCACCAGCACCACCUUUGUUUGGAGGACCUCCUCCACCACCACUCUCUGGAGGAAUUUUUCCUCCCCUACCAGUACCAAGUGAACUACCUUAUGGAAUGAAGCAGAAAAAAGUAUAUAAGCCUGAAGUAUCCAUGAAAAGAAUCAACUGGUCCAAGAUUGAACCUAAUGAAUUAUCUGAAAAUUGUGUCUGGCUGAAAGUAAAAGAAGAAAAGUUUGAGAAUCCAGAUCUCUUUGCAAAACUGGCCUUGACAUUUGCUUCUCAGAGGAAAGGUCAAAGGAAUGUAGAUGCUGCCGAAGAAAAUAAGAGUGGUCCUCCAAAGAAGAAAGUGAAAGAACUGAGAAUUUUAGAUCCAAAAACAGCCCAGAAUCUGUCUAUCUUCCUGGGAUCUUACCGCAUGCCAUAUGAGGAAAUAAGGAACAUUAUUUUGGAGGUUAAUGAAGAGUUACUCAGUGAGUCCCUAAUUCAGAAUCUUGUAAAACAUCUCCCCGAGCAGAAUAUACUCCGAGAACUAGCUCAGCUUAAGAGUGAAUAUGAUGAUCUCUGUGAGCCUGAGCAGUUUGGUGUUGUGAUGAGCACAGUGAAAAUGUUACGGCCUCGUCUCACAAGCAUCCUUUUCAAGCUCACCUUUGAUGAACAUGUAAACAACAUCAAACCAAGCAUAAUAGCAGUAACUCUUGCAUGUGAAGAACUGAAAAAAAGUGAAAGCUUUAACAGACUUUUAGAGCUGGUUCUUCUGGUUGGAAACUACAUGAACUCAGGUUCAAGGAAUGCCCAGUCUUUGGGUUUUAAGAUCAACUUUCUGUGUAAGAUCAGAGAUACAAAAUCAGCAGAUCAAAAAACAACCCUUUUGCAUUUUCUUGUUGAAAUCUGUGAGGAAAGAUACCGAGAUAUCCUGAAAUUUCCUGAAGAUCUGGAGCAUGUAGAAAGUGCAAGCAAAGUUUCAGCUCAAAUACUCAAGAGCAACCUUGCAGCAAUGGAACAAAACAUUCUUCGUCUGGAGCGUGAUAUCAAGAAUUUUCCCAAAGCAGAAAGUCACCGUGAUAAGUUUGUAGAAAAGAUGACGAGCUUUACAAAGAAUGCCAGAGAACAGUAUGAAAAACUGUCCACCAUGCACAACAAUAUGGUGAAGCUGUAUGAGAACCUGGGAGAAUACUUCAUUUUUGACCCAAACACAGUAACCAUAGAAGACUUUUUUGGAGAUCUCAACAACUUCAGAACCCUAUUUCUGGAAGCACUGAAAGAAAACCAUAAGAGAAAGGAAAUGGAAGAAAAGAGUAGGAGGGCAAAGCUUGCAAAAGAAAAAGCUGAACAAGAGAAGCUGGAACGCCAGAAGAAUAAGAAACAGCUGAUUGAUAUAAACAAAGAGGGUGAUGAGACUGGAGUGAUGGAUAACCUUCUGCAAGCCUUACAGUCAGGUGCAGCAUUCAGAGACCGUAGAAAGCGAAUUCCAAGGAAUCAAGGAACAGAAGAAUGAUACAGUGCAUAUUUUCCAGUUAAUAAUAACAGACGGGCUCCUCUGGAAAGAUCACGCUCUCGCCACAAUGGAGCCAUAUCAUCCCAGUGAUUCCUGAGGCCAGAGACAGUGGAGACAUUUAAGAAAAAAAAUAAUCCAUUUUGAGAAGAACAAAAUAUACACUCAAGAGUUGAAAUGGAAAUAAAUGCAUUUCCACAAAGGUCAAGCUGAACUGGGUUAAGUAAUGUGUAUUUGUAGGAAUACUGUAAAUACACUAAUCCUAACCCAGAUAUCAUGAUCAGAAAACAUUCGUUCCUCUGUAAAGACAUAUAUUACAUGUUAUUGUGUAUAAUGACCUGACUGUGAAGCUGAAAGUAUUAAAAAAAAAAAAGGAAGAAUCCCAAUGCUUCUACUAACAUUCCAGUCUGCCAAAAAUUUUAAAACUGAAUUUUCUAGGUGACCCCUACCUACCUCAUUUCCAGAAAAAUAGAAAAAGGGGGAGGUAAGGAAUAGACAGAAAGAGUUUUCACUGUCUACUUCCAGCUUAUCUUAUGUGUAUAGUAUAAAGUCUGAAAGAAUGAUUGGGAAGGUACAAAUAGCACACUUUGAAAGAGAAGCCCCACUCAAGGUAUUUGGAAUGUGUCUCUAGUGAAAGCUAAUGGAUUCAUCUAUUUGUCAGAAAUUAAUCCUACCAUUAGUCUACAGUUUCAGCACGAUAUUGUAGGCACUUCCCAUUGAUAAAAAUAAACCAAAGUUUAACAAGAUCAGCUAGAUUUCAACUUUAUUUAAGAAGUAUUUUUUAAUUCUGCAUAGGAAUCUGCUUCAUAGAAAUAUUUUAUGUAUCUAUUUUUGAGAAAACUUCUGCACUUCCAUGUAUGUGCUAGGGUUGAGGCUGAAAAUUCUAUUGCCUUUAUUUAGAUUUUAGAGGAAAAUAUUGAUUCCUAAUUCUUCACUCUAUUGCUUCUUUCUCCCCUCACCUUCUUUGAGGUAAGGAAUAGAACUGCGAAUUCUCCAGAGCAAGGAAAAUGAUUUUUUUUUUUUUUUUUUUUUUUUUUUUUUUAUGAAAGAGGCAGUAGAAAACUUUUGAAAGGUCAAUUGUUUUAUCUCCCUUCUGUCCCCUUUUCCAUUCUACUUUGGUAGUUGAAGAACAAGCAAUUCUCUCUCUCUCUCUCUCUCUCUCUCUCUCUCUCUCUCUCUGUUUCUCUCUCUGUGUGUAUGUGUUUAUAUAUCUUACUGCAACAAUUCCAUAUCCCAGUACAAGGUAAAGCUCUGUCAUCAUCAUACUUACUUACCUUAUAUUAUUAACACAUUUCAGUGAUGUUGCCAAAAUAAUGAUAGCAGAUAAAGAAGCUCAGCAUUUGUUCUAAAUAUGUGAGAGAGCAGAAGUUAUACUUAACUGGUCUAUUCUCUUACAAUGUGAAUUUGUAAUAAUUGGUAUAGAGUAUAAUUUCAAGACUAAUUCAUGCAGAUGAUUGUGAUUGCUGUAUGUAUAUUUCUUAUAUAGAAAAUUCUAAUUCUAUUUCUCCAAAGCACAUUAUAGACAUUCAGAGAACAGAACAAAUGACUGGCUUGGCAAGCCACCUUCUGGAGAUAAUGUAAACAUGUGACCAGUUGCUCACAGAAUCUUUAUACAGAUAUAUAGUAAUUUAAACUGUUGCCUUUCACUCUAGUGCAUUCUUACUUGGGUAUUAUACUUCAAAAUACUCUGAAGCUGCUAUAAGUAGAGAAAUCAGAAGGUAACAAUGUCUGAGUUUUUUUUCAUUUUUUUCUUACAUAAACAAACAUAUACACACACAUGUACGCACACUAGAACAUUCCACUUUCACACACUUUUUUUAAACAAUAACCACAAACUUUAAGUUCUACUAAUUGAUGUAAAUAACUACUGUAUGCAUUUUUGACUUACAAAGUAUUUUCUGAAAUAUUGUGGUAUGGCUUAUUUGAGGUUUUGUUUUUUCUUUUUAUAGCUUUUCAGGCUAUAGAAACUUGACCUUGAAAUGUAAACUUUAACUGAAAUUUGGGGCAUUUGCCCUGCCAUAUUUUCUAGCUGGUUAAGGUUGAAAUACUGAUGUGUAUUAUCUUUUCCAGAUGUGAAUUUGCCUUAUUUUCUAGUUUGUAAACAAGAAUGAAGUACUCUUAUUGAUAAAUUAUAUAUUUGUAUUUAAAUACAUUCCACAUGCUUUUCACAAACAUUUGAAAACAUUUCAGGGGACAUAUAAUUAACUUAUGUGACUUAUAAUAGUCCUGUUCAAGCCACUUGCACUUUUUGUUUUAGGUUAAAAGCUAUCAUGCAAAAACAAAAAAGUACAUAGUGGUAUUUUUAAAAGGAAACCAAAUUAGGCUCAAGUAUUUUAUUUAUUUUUGUUUAUUUCUGCCAUAGAUGAGAAAUACCUGUUUCUACAACUUUUACUUCAGAAUGUUACAGCCAGUUUAGCUGGUUAGAAUAUUUUCCUUUGGUUACUGUAAUGACUAACCAUAAAUCUGAUGGUUUAAGAUCACAGCAGAUUAUUCUACUAUGGUUCUGGAGGCCAGAAGCUUGACAUCUGGGCAUCAACCAUUCAUGCUACCUCCAGAGGCUACAACAGAGGCCUGUUCUUGGCUUCAUCUUUUGAUGGCCAAUGGCAUUGUGUGACUCUUGGCCACAUUUUUCUCUGCUCCUUUUCACAUCACCAUCUUCUUUGUGUACCUGGUCUUUCUGUGUCUUUCCUGUAAGGAUACUGAUAGUGUCAUUUAGAGACCACCAUCUUAAGACAGGAUAAUUACCUCACCACACAUCCUAAACUUCAUGAUAUCUCUAUGAUCCUUUUUCCAAACAAGCUAACAUCCAGGUACUAGAUAUUCCCUGUAGAUAAAAACUCAUCUCACUUUUCUACCCACUCAUCCUUAAAUAUAUGUUUGUCCCAAAUGUAAAACACAUUCAUGUCAUCUCAACAUUCUCCAGAUUCAACCCAUUACAGUAACCCCUAAAUCCAAAAUCUUACCCAAAUGUCAUUAAUUCCAAAUCCUAUAAUUUAUAUUGUCUAAUGAAGUAUGAAUGAUAUUUAGGAUGUGCUCACUCAUGGAACAAUAUCCUUUCUCUAACUGGAUUCACUAAAAUAACAUAUAAAAAUGAGUUAUUGUCUUCUAAAAUAACACUGGGGUAGGCAUGGACUAAUAACAAAGGCACUCCUACUCUAAAAAGAACAGAAAAUAAGAGUCACCUGUUAAAUAAAUAAAUAAAUAAAUAAAUAACACAGUUCCACAUAGGCUUCAAGGCCUUACAAUGCUUCUCUGCUCCAGGGUUUAGGUCUCUGCCUUUGUAUCCGUACUUUGUUCUGCCAUCUGGGUGCUCCCUUCUCUAAUCUGAAAGUCAUCACAUUUUUGCAGAGGAAUAAUUUUAUUAGCUUGUUUUCUGCCCAUAGUUAUCUGGCAGCCUUUUCUCAUUUCCUCCUGUCAUCUUCAAACCAAGCCAGGAGUAUUCUGGUAAUUAUUGCAUCCUCAAAACUCUUGUUGGACUUCCAUGUAUAUCAUGUUACUCCAUAACUUUAGAAAGAUGGUCCUCAUGGUUCUUUCCUAAAUAGCUGGGCCUCUAUGUUGAGGUAGUUGAAUGAAUCCAGGAAUGUGUAGCUGGUGUAUUUAGAACUAUUAAAAAGCUGGAAGACCAUAUCCUUCACCUUAACUCCAAAGCACACACUUCACAUAGAAUUUCAUCAUUUUACCAUCUUUUAUGAUUAACAAAAUUUACCCAAUCAGGUAGUGGUUUCUUCUUGACAUAAUGAUUCUUCGAUUUACCUCUUCUCUUAUUUCUUUCCUUGUUUAAAAUUUUAAUUUCCUCAUAUUUAGCUCUUUUUAAAAUUAGUACAAAAAGGAAUGACUCUCAUUGUGGCAUUUUCAUGCAUAUUUUGGUUUUUGUUGAUUCUUCUCUUCAGUUUCUACCCUUCUGCUCUCACCUCCACAUUACCCCUUGCUACCAUCCCUCCAGUAAUUCCCAUUUCACUGUCAUGUAUCAUAUACUCUAUUAUCAUCUUUUCUUAUCCCCACCCCCUUAAGACUUCUUUUCCCCAGCAAGAAUGAACUAGUUAUACCUACAACAUUUGACUUGUCAAGCUCCUCAGCUAAAUACCCAACUUUGUUACUUACAAGAUCAAGAUUGGCUUUCCAUUAAACUUUAGGAGACAAUUCAGAUAAGUUGUUGUUUUGUUUUUGCUGCUAUAUAACAACAACUGCCUUUUUUUUCCAAUACAGUAUUCUUUGCUUUUGUGCCCUCACCAGAAAUGCCUUUAAUAGCCACAUUUCCAGCCGUGGUUUGGCUCAGGAAAUCUAUAGUUUCUAUAUUAAAUUCAUCACCAACAAUUGUACCACCCUCCACCCAGUAUUCAAUCCCAAAACCACUUUCCCAUCUGUAGGUAUUUGUCAUAGCAAUAUCCCACCUCAUACUAAAAUUUAUAUCAGAUUCCUACUGUUACUGUAACAGAUUCUUACAAACAUGAAGGGAUAAAAGGGUAGGUUUCUGGUUCUGUCUGGUUUUAAGGCCACAAAUCUAAAGCCAAGAUAUUGGCAGGACAGCACUCCUCUGCAAGCUCUAGGAGAAAAAUCUACUCUUUUCAUAUUUUCAUGUGAUUGUAAUUAUUCCUUGGAUUGUGGCUUUAUCUCACUCUGCUCCGUGUUUUUGACAUCUGCCCCUCUGUGUAUAUAAUCACCACUGCGUCUCUUGUAGGGAGUUUUAGUGACCCUUCCAGAUUAUCUAUGAUAAAUCCUCAUUUUCAGAGCUUAAACUUAAUUACACCUUCCCUUAACCUCCUUAAGAAAAUAAGUUAAUAUCACAAAUUCUGGGGAUUAGAUAAUGAAAAGUUUUUUGGGGAGGGGCAUAAUUCAACCACUACACUAGUCAUUGCAUAUAAAUGUACUUUAUAUUUGUUAAAAAUGCAUCCUUGGUGCUCAAGCCAGAUUUAAGGUUGUUAUUAAAAGCUGUUGUCUGCCCAGGCUACUGCAUGCUUUGUUAUUAAAUAGACAAAAAAGACUAUUCUAAAUUUUGGUUGAUACUUUUGCCACUGUAAGAAAUUAGCUGAAAAAAUUCACUUAUCUCAACUCUGAUCUGGUUUAUCUCUUCUGCCCUUUUUUAUGAAGUCUUUGUUCAGAUGUCUUCUAUGAUGAAUAAUGCAGGCACAAAACUACCUCUGAUACAGAAUGGUUCUUUACAAACUUCCUUUACAUAUUGUGAAUCCCUCAGCUGAAGGGAGAGGUAAAAACAAAGAAUGUGUUGAAUGGGUAUUGAGGAAGAUUGUGUCCAUAGCAAGCCACCUUAAAGAAAUAGUUCAAGUAGCAGAAAAAAAACUGUCAAUUUAUGCUCUCAUUUCACCAAGAUUCACCUUGGAAUAAACACCUGUAUUUGUGCUGGGCCAGUAAUGAUUUGCAAUCUCUAUAUAAUGCCUACUAAUUCAAUAAAGCUUAAAUUUGCAUUAAA